AGAAGUAUUCCUUUGGAGUGUUUCGUGCUCUCUCUCAUAUGAUCCAAAUUUCCUAUGGCUCCAACGAGUCACCAACAAAUGAGGUGGAGCUGUGGGUGGUCAUGACCAGUAUGCUGUCUGGGGCUCUAAUGUACACUGUACUGGUGGCCAACGCUGCUGCCAUCAUAACCAACGUAGACCAAGCAGCAAAAGCCUACAAAGAUAAGGUAUACUACGUAUAGUGGAAAUGUAAAGCCUUGGCUUUAACACCGACGACUCGGCUUCAAACUCGAUCACAUAAGCAAGGAACUCUAUUGAUAUGUCACUUUUGAUUGUAAUGGCAUGUCAUUCAAAGUCCACCACGUCUGAUAAUCCCCAGAUGAAUCAUCUAGACGACUACAUGACCUUCUUGAAGCUUCCUAACGACCUUCGUCUUCGAAUCCAGAAGUACUACGGGGCCCGCUAUGGGGGGAGAUGGUUUGACGAAAAGAACUUUCUAAUUUCAGUCUCCUCAGCUUUGAGAGAGGAGAUUCUGACAGUGAUGUGUUUGAGCCUGCUGAACAACGUACCCAUGUUCCAGAACCGAGACGUCAACUUCCUGAACACAGUUCUCCUCCAGUUUCAGCAUGAAGUCUUCCAGGAGGAUGAUGUCAUCUUCCAACAGAACGCGCCCGGAGACCGCAUGUUCUUCAUCGAGCAUGGCCAGGUCCUGGUGGAGACAGACUCCUUCUCGCAGGAACUGGCUGACGGAGACUACUUUGGAGAGACCUGCCUCAUGACCAAAGGAAAGCGUUUGGUCACGGUUCAAGCUCUGACCACCUGCCAGCUCUUCUCCCUGUCCUCAGAACGCUUCCAGAUGGUUCUACAGGGCUUCCCUGAUAUCAGGAGAGACAUGGAAAAGUUUUCACAGCAGGACAAGGAAUAUGUGCUACAUCUCUAGUACAGUGCGGCCAUUUAUCAACAGUAGUGGUCACUAAGCCUGGUUCUGGAGAGGUACAGGAUGUGCAGGCUUAUGUUCCAGCCCAGCACUAACACAUCUGAUUCUGUUAGUAGAACUAGGUGUUUUAGUCCUGCGCAGCCUGGAGCUCUCCAUGACCAGGAUUUGUGACCACUUAUGUAUUGUGUAGCUCAGACUUGGUAUUGGUGUAGACUGGUCUAAAAUUGUAUUAUACUUUAUAUAUAUAUAAAGAUUUCAUUGUUAUUUAUUUGUUCAACUGUGCAUCAUACAACCCUUAGUCUGGAUUACUAAUAGUUAUACUCUAGAUCCUCUCUGGGUGGAUCCAAAACAGUAUAUGAUAUUGUUGUUUUAACUAAGAGUGUAUUUCAGGACAUGUAAUGAUUAAAAUAUUUUUGGGGUUUUUGAAAAUGUAUUUAUUGUGAAGAAAUAUUAUUAGAACUGUUUUUUGUUUUUCUAAUUUCCUUUAUCGUGAAGAAAUGUCAA